AUGAAAUUCUUCCUUGCGUUCGCACUCCUAUUCGCUGUGGCUUCGGCCCGUGGACUCCCUGCUGCUGUGGUAGCCAACACAGAUCCUGAGAUCCAGGAGAUCGUGGCCGCCAUCCAGAGCCCCAGCACCGACCCAGCCACUGCCGUCGCCCUCGAAGAGAUGCUACUACAGCUCCUCGGCAUGGACAAACCUGAAACAGUAGAAGUAGGACCCGCCCUCGUCGACCAGUACGAGCCUAUCUCCAUCGGGCCAGCUCUCGUCGACUUCCCCGUUCCUGACGGUGGAGCCGGUUCAGCCAAGCCCUGU